AUGUUCAAAACCCUCAAGAGCCGCCUCCCUCGCUCCCUCUCCCUCUCCCGUUCCCGCUCCCGCAAGGCCGCAGCAGCGCCCCCAGAAGCGCAGUCCGAGAACGAGAACCCCACCACCACCACCGCCGCCUUCGUCGAGAAAACACCAGCACCCUACCUCCCCGCGCCGCGGCGCAAGACCAGCACUCUCUUUGAGCUCGAGGCCCUGCUAUCCUCCAUCAUCGACUCGCACCACCACUGCGGGCAAGAUGCACGAGCAGUCAUAGAACGGGGCGAAAAAGCACGGGAGGGUAGCAGCAGAGGGGGAGUGCUCCCUAGCUAUGAGGAGCUGUACAAAGAGCUCGAGAGGGAGAAGGAGGACGCCGAGAAUCCUCAGGUCCCGGAGAUAUCGGGAUUUAUGACUGUACAGAGUGUUCCUCAUGUCCCCAUCCAACCAGCAGCAGCGCGCACCACAGAUAUUGCGGCGGAAGCCCAAGGGCCUAGUGGGGCAAAAGCGGUCGACGCGCGAGAAGGCGCUAGAGGCCCUCAUGAGGCUUUUAGACCAAUGCGAGGAUGA